UUCAGCCGCGAGACGUACUCUCCAUCUGGGGCGCGAGGAGGGAUUACGCGCUUAUUAUCUUCUUAGCUCUAAAUGGCCCCGCGUUCCUGACUUCGUCGUCCCCUCUGUCGUCAAACAAACUCAGCAUAUAAAGCGGGAGAGACAAAAGAAAUGGCAUUAAAACGCCAUACGAUAUUCUUUGUGGAAAUAACUACCUAUCGCUCUUUCGAAGUACUAUUUCGCGCGUAAAAUCGUGACACCACUGGGUCGGCACAGCAUCGCCACGAGCCCUGUUCCGCGCGCAGGGUCGUUAGGAUAGGCCUAUAAGUGAUCUUUUGCAGACUUUAAUCUUAUCAGUGUCAAACCGUAGUUGCCUUCUUCACCCGGCCAGCAGAAGAUUUUUCAGGGUCGUUUCGCCUUUCUUCGGUUUAAGUUUAAGCUUUUUUCUUCACCACCCAUCGCGGGUGUUUGUGAGAACUUUAAUCGGUUCAGCAACAGCCAGGCGACACUUUUAUAGGUGUGUUUUCGAUAUAGAUUAAUAUGACGGUUUGACCGGUUUACUCUUGUGACUAAAAUAAGAUGGAGUCUACACACCCAGAGAGGCGUCUGCUCCUCUUGUUUUUCCUGGUCGCGUUCAUCAGCCACGUUUGUUUUUGCACCAGGAAAACAACCGUUCGUAGAUCAGAUCGUCUGAGUCCUCCUCUGGACAUCCAGCUGGAGACGGUGAACUGCACCGCGGUCAACAUUCGCUGGAAGAUGCCUCGACGGCAUGUCAGUACCAUCACUGGAUACAAGGUCUUCUAUAAAGAGAUGAGGAACAGCCGCCCAGGUGGUACAGCCUCCAUAUUGGAGGUUCCUCUGAGUCUGGACAUGCUAACCACUGGGCAGUUUGACGGACAAGCAAGUUUCGAUGUAGACAUUGGAAGCCUGAAGGUGAACACUCAGUACAGAGUGAGUGUGGGGGCAUAUGGUUGGGCAGGAGAGGGAAGGCCAAGCAUGCCUCGAGAUGUUAGCACUUCUGCACAAGAAAUGUGCAUGCCCCCAUCGCCACCCACCCAGCCAAUGGUCGCGGCAGUGUCUGAAACAGAGCUUGCGUUGUCAUGGAAAGAAGGAGAAAGUGAGGGAAGCGCACCUGUCCUCCACUACCUUGUUGCUUACAUCAGACCAGAGAUGGACACUGAGUGGACGUCCAUCCGGGAGCCCAUCGAGGCCACCUCCAUGGUCCUGAAGGGUCUCAUGCCCGACACCGAGUACCAGUUUGUGGUGAGGGCCGUCAACGUGCACGGGGUCAGUCCGCCCAGCCAAAUCAACACGCCCGUGCGCACCCUCGCUCCCUCAGACGUCGGCAGCGGAGACUACGGACAGCGCUACAAUACAGACUCCACGGCCAAGGAUGACGAUAGCUAUGACGUCGAUGAUUCCGACUAUGAUAUUUUCAUUGAAGAGUUGUACCCAGGCGCCGGGGAAGACAACCGCAAAUCCCAGCUCCGCUCUCGCCCUGAAACGCCGUCCGGGGGAAAUGUGGUCUACCGCAUGAACACCGCCACCCCUCCUAAGGUCACGACCCCGGACGCCUCCGCCCUCCCUGACCUCCUCUUUCGCCCGGUCUUCUCAACCCCACCCCAACUGAAGCCUGUCCCUGUUCCCAAGACAACAGCCACGCCCACCACAACGCCGGCCACUACGACUACUAGUACUACUACCAGGUACACCACCCUGGCCCCCACCACCACCGCGGCCCCCACCAUGAGUCCGUGGAUGGGGGAUGUCCCUCGCGUGUACGAGCUGACGUGUGAUGACACCGUCUGCCCCCCGGAGAGCUUUUGCCUGGGAGACCUUGACAGCGGGGGGUCGCGCUGCCACUGUAACCUGGGGCGACGCGGAGACACCUGCUCCGAGGUGGUUCCAAUAAACUUCCCCAGGUUCUAUGGCUACUCACACAUGACCUUUGAACCUCUGAAAAACUCCUACCAAACCUUUCACAUCACCAUAGAGUUUAAGGCAGACUCAGAGGAUGGCCUGCUGCUCUACUGUGGGGAGAAUGACGCUGGACGGGGGGACUCCACCUCCUUGGCGCUGGUGAGGGGAAGGCUACACUACAGGUUUAACUGUGGCACCGGGGCUGCCCAGAUACUCAGUGAGAGCAGCAUUGUACUGGGCCAGUGGCACACGGUCACCAUCUUCAGGGACGGGAUGAGCGGCUGGCUCCGUCUGGACAACAACACCCCCGUGUCGGGUCGCUCGCAGGGCCUGUACACGAAGAUCACUUUUCGUUCUCCACUGUACGUGGGCGGUUCCCCAAGUGCCUAUUGGCUGCUCAGAGCGACAGGGACCAACCGCGGCUUUGCAGGGUGUGUUCAGAGCCUUUCCUUCAAUAACAAGCCAACGGACAUACGACCGUGGCCAUUGGGCAAAGCCCUAAGUGGGGCUGAUAUCGGUGAGUGCAGUGACAGUGUGUGUGAUCUGGUCACCUGUUUCAACGGAGGGAGCUGCUUUGCCAACCGUGCCGACGGCUACAUCUGUUUGUGUCAGCUGGGCUUCAGAGGAACUCUCUGUGAAGACACUUUCUCGUUGCUGCUGCCCCUCUUCAACGAGACGCUGCGGUCGUACGCGGCCGUCGCCUGGCCCCAGGCCUUCCAGAGCUACCUGUCCUUCACCGAGUUCGAGAUGACCUUUCGACCCUUGCUGGCCGACGGGACGCUGCUGUACAGCGACGACGCACGGAGCGGCGACUUCAUCGCCAUCAACCUGGUGGACAGUUACGUGGACUUCAGGUUCGACUGCGGCUCCGGGAGCGCCACCAUCAGGAGCCUGGAGCCUGUUACCAUGGAUACGUGGCAUGAGUUGAAAGUGUCUCGGACGGCCAAAAGCGGCAUUCUACUAGUGGACAACCAGAAGCCAACAGAGGGAAUCGCUGAGGGAGCCUUUACUCAGAUCAAAUGCAGCUCUCCUUUGUAUGUCGGGGGAGUACCAGUCUACGAUCAAACCAAACCCAGCGCAGGUGUGAUAAGACCCUUCACUGGCACCAUCCAAAAGCUGGUGCUUAACGACCGUGCCAUCUCAAUCACAUCUGGUUCAGCUGGAGGGGUAAACUUGGCUAACGCAGUUCAUCCAUGUGUGGACAGCCCCUGUGCCAACGAAGGGACGUGCAGGCCAAAGUGGGACGGCUACGAGUGUGACUGCCCCCUAGGGUAUGAUGGCAGACACUGCCAAAAAGAAUGCGGAAAUUACUGUCUUAAUACUGUGACCGAAGCCAUCGAGAUUCCACAGUUCAUUGGACGAAGCUACCUGACUUAUGAGAACAGUGACAUCCUGAAAAGGGUGACGGGGGCUAGAACCAGCCUGUUCAUGCGCUUCAGGAGCACCGCCAAGGGGGGCCUGUUGCUAUGGCGAGGCGACAGUCCUAUGAGGCCCAACAGCGACUUCCUGUCUAUGGGGCUUCAGGAUGGAGCACUUAUCUUUAGUUACAACCUUGGCAGUGGGUCCGCUAAUGUGGUCGUGAAUGGUUCCUUCGGUGACGGACGGUGGCACAGAGUGAAAGCAGUCCGGGAUGGCCAAUCAGGGAAGCUGACAGUGGAUGACUAUGGCGCCAAGACUGGCCGCUCACCUGGCAAGAUGAGGCAGCUCAACAUCAACGGUCCUUUAUACGUCGGUGGCAUGAAGGAGGUAGCCCUGCACACAAACAGACAACAUGUAGGAGGUCUGGUCGGCUGCAUAUCCCACCUCACACUGUCCACCGACUUCCACCUUGGCCUGGUGGAGGAUGCCGUCGAUGGCAAGAACAUUAACACCUGCUCUAACUGACCAACUAUCGACCACAGGCAGUGGCUAUUUUGGAGAGGUCCUUUUUCCCACACUGACAAACAUGAUGAAACUCUUCAGCAACUAGGAAACUCUUUCUGUCAAGACUGAAGUUUGUUAAUGUACAGUAUACCGUACCAGAAAAUGAAUGAGGUGAAAAUGAAAUUUGAGCCAGCAAAAUGCUUACACAAUUCUAUGAUUGGAAAUUGUGAACUUUUUGUAUUGAAUGCUAUCAAUAUUUGAAGACAUUUGACGACCUUGUGAAACUCAAAUGGAAAACACAACAACAAACCAGAGAAGCAGCACCAUAACAAAACCAAAGAAAACCAAAUAUACUUCAGAAACCAAUAAAUUGUUCUGUGUCCUGAAUGAGAAAAUGAGUUACUAGAAAUGCAGCCUUUGAAAACCUUUUGAGGGACAAUUUCAUUGAUUUCAUUGAUCAAUGAAGGGUUAAGGGUUUUUCCCCCAUGAUUUCAUUUCAUUGAUUCGAGAAAGAACAUAAAGAAAUAGUACUUAGCAGAAAUAGCAGAAAGUUAUAGUCGGUCUGUGUAUUUUGAGCUCGAAAAUCCUAGCUAUUUUAUUGUUAUUUAUGUGAAGGUUCACUUCUUAUACUGUAUGUCGUGGUCUUUGUGUAUUUCAUUUCAAUUUACAUCUACAUUUUGUAAAAAAAAAAAAAAAAAAGCUUUGUAACGUAUGCCAGGAAGGUAAAGAUUUCUCUUUCUGCGAGUGUUAAUAACCAGGACCAAAUUAUUAUCAUUGACAGGCCAUGCGAGUCAAUGUGGGUAAUUUCCCUCAUAAGUAAACCUCUCCUUUUUAAAAAUGUUCUAAUUUGUAAACCUCUAUUUGUGAACCUAUUUUUCAAAUUGUGUGUUUCAUGAGGAAAUUCAAGAUUCCUAAUGUAUAGGUCCUGCCCAUUUAAGACAAAUAAUCCCAUCCCAUAUCCAGAUCUCACAAAUUCAGAUUCUGUUUCUCUGCCAUAGUUGGAAAUCAAUUGCUGCCCAGCAAAGACUAGGAUUAUAUUUAUUGUGAAACUCAAUGGUGAAUAUCAGGAUGGUCUCACGAGACGAGACUAGACAAAUAUGGCAGGUAGCACAAAUGACAGAAACGUGAGUGCGAGUCUCUCGCAAAUUAAAAUGUACACAAUGCACUGAAUGUUGUGGUUCCAGUAAUAUGGUAGUUUGUUGGACUAUCAGUGAUUCCUAUAACUUCCUUUUGGACACCCAACUGUACAUUUUGUUUAUUAAUGAGUUA